ACAUCUUCUUGUUGAAUCUUCCGAGUCGAAGAAGCCGGCCGGCAUAAACGAAUACGAGAAUUCAAUUAGUGAAGUUAUAUAGGCGACGUUUUUAAUUUUUGAGAAAAAAAAAUAGAUUGACAAAAGUGUUUUAUGCGGCGAUUGUUUUUUAAAUUAAAUUUUUAAAGUUACUACUUUUACACUAUAGUGAAAAGAAAAGAAAAUGAUGAAGUAUACGAUUCACACUAUUAUUCUUCCGCAUACAAAUGUGCCGCCGACAUUUGUGCAACAAAAAUUACCGUGGCCUCAUCAGCAUGCCUUACAACAGGCAAUUAUGAAUGUGAGGCCAAAUGAGAAUGAACCUGCGAAAUUUUUUCCUCUGCACUUGUCCCUCGAGGAUGAAAUUAACCGAUUGUUAAUUUCUGAUUCACGCGCGACUGCUAAUUGGGGAACAGCAUGCAAACCCGACGUAAUGGAUGAAUUUAGAUCAAAUGGAAAGGAUUAUGAAUUCCUAUCCGAAAAUGAAGAGGACAAUCCAAAGCCCUUGCCAAGGAAGCGAAAAAAUAAGAAACCACUUCCAACGGAAUGUGUGUUUUGCAAGAAUAAUGGCGAGCAACCGAUUUAUUACAAAAGUCAUAUCCUUAAAGACGGGGAUGGAAGAGUAGUUUGUCCAAUUUUGAGAAAGUACCAAUGUCCCAUUUGUAAUGCGAAGGGGGAUGACUCACACACACUGAAAUAUUGUCCCAAGAAUCCAAAACCAUCGGGAGUGCCAAUUGUUUCUGCAUUGAAAUCACUGCGGAAUAGCAGCGGAAAGAAAGGACGGGCGAAAUAAAAAUCAUCAAUUCCACACUACAAUCUAUUUCUCUCAAGUAUUAUUAAUUAUACGUUAAUUAUUAACAGAGAUUAUGUUUAAGUUAAUGCAUUUAUAAUCUUAAUUUUUAUUUUUUAAAAAAUUAUUUAUAAACAAGCGAAAUAUUUUUCAACUUUCAAAAUCAAAUUUAGAAGUUCAAAAAUAAUCGCAUGUAGUCGACUAGUAAAUAAUUUUUUUUUCGUUUUUAAUGAAAAAAAAAUUAGAUUAACUAAAUGCAUUUAAUUAAUAUAAGUUGAAAGUUAUUUAUCAAAAGAAUUUAUCAAGUUAUAUUCUCGAAAAAUUGAGACAAAUGUUGCACGGCUUGAUAUAUCAUGUGUUACGAAUUUUUUUGAUAUUAUUUUGAUAUAUAGGCAAAUUAUAUAAAUUUUGUCAAAUUUUGAAUACCAAGUAUUCAAUUAUAUAUAAAAGGAAAA